GUCAGGUUACACACUCCUGUAACCGAGCUCAGCAGGGAGAGAAGAAACAGUCUUUCAAUUAUUUACACACCAGUACCUGAUACAAAAUACAGUUACAUGGAAGACAAAGAACCGCAAGUAAAGACGAAGACCCGACUCAUGGUGAUGUACAUGGAUUUGCUAUGGGUUGCCAUAAUGAAGACUCGAGAUUUUGCCUAGAUUAAAUUGUCAAAUUGUAGCAGCGUAAUCCACGGUCCCUUUACUCACCCUCCGUAUCCGGUUUGAUUUGAACGAAAGACGUCAUUAUGGACUCCUUCAGUACUAAGAGCCUGGCCCUUCAGGCCCAGAAGAAGCUGAUGAGCAAGAUGGCCACCAAGAGCAUGGCUAACCUCUUCAUCGACGACACCAGCAGCGAGGUGCUGGACGAGCUCUACCGCGUCACGAAGGAGUACACGCGCAACCGCAAGGAGGCCCAGAAGAUCAUCAAGAACCUUAUCAAGAUGGUGGUGAAGCUGGGAGUCCUCUACCGCAACAACCAGUUCAGCGGGGAGGAGCUGGUGCUGGUUGAGAGCUUCAGGAAGAAGGUCCACACACUGGCUAUGACGGCUGUCAGCUUUCACCAGAUCGAGUUCACGUUCGACCGGCGCGUGAUGAGCGCCAUCCUGAACGAGUGCCGCGAGCUGCUGCACCAGGCCAUCAACCGCCACCUGACGGCCAAGAGCCACUCGCGGGUCAACCACGUGUUCAACCACUUUGCCGACUGUGACUUCCUCGCGGCGCUCUAUGGGCCGUCUGAGGUGUACCGCGGCCACCUGCAGAGGAUCUGUGACGGCGUCAACAAGAUGCUGGACGAGGGCAACCUUUGACCUCUCCCCAGGACCCUUUGACCCCUCCCCCAUUAACCUUUUGAGGCAUUACCUGGUGGUGUGAAAUCCACCACGUGGUUGCCUUAUUGGCUUGUUUUGUUUUUUUAAGAGACUGACGUUAUGCAUAUUGUAUGUGGACAUUUACAGUUGAUGUCGGAAGUUUACAUACACUUAGGUUGGAGUCAUUAACUUGUUUUUCAACCACUCCACAAUUUUCUUGUUAACAAAUUAUAGUUUUGGCAAGUCGGUUAGGACAUCAAAGUAAUUUUUCCAACAAUUGUUUACUGACAGAUUAUUUCACUUAAUUCACUGUCACAAUUUCUGUGGGUCAGAAGUUUACAUACACUAAGUUGACUGUGCCUUUAUACAGCUUGGGAAAUUCCAGAAAAUUAUGUUAUGGCUUUAGAAGCUUCUGAAUGGCUAAUUGACAUCAUUUGAGUCAAUUGGAGUUGCACCUGUGGAUGUAUUUCAAGGCCUACCUUGAAACUCGGUGCUGCUUUGCUUGACAUCAUGGGAAAAUCAAAAGAAAUCAGCCAAGACCUCAGAAACAAGUUAGACCUCCACAAGUCUGGUUCAUCCUUGGGAGCAAUUUCCAAUCGCCUGAAGGUACCACGUUCAUCUAUACAAACAACAGUACACAAGUAUAAACACCAUGGGACCACACAGCCGUCAAACGGCUCAGGAAGGAGACGCGUUCUGUCUCCUAGAGAUUAACGUACUUUGGUGCGAAAAGUGCAAAUCAUUCCUAGAACAACAGCAAAGGACCAUGUGAAGAUGCUGGAGGAAACUGGUACAAAGUAUCUAUAUCCACAGUAAAACGAGUCUUAUAUCGACAUAACCUGAAAGGCCGCUCAGCAAGGAAGAAGCCACUGCUCCAAAACCGCCAUAAAAAAGCCAGACUACGGUUUGCAACUGCACAUGGGGACAAAGAUGGUACUUUUUGGAGAAAUGUCCUUUGGUCUGAUGAAACAAAAAUAGAACUGUUUGGCCAUAAUGACCGUUGUUUUGUUUGGAGAAUAAAGGGGGAGGCUUGCAAGCCGAAGAACACCCUCCCAACCGGGACGCACGAGGGUGGCAGCAUCAUGUUGUGGGGGUGCUUUGCUGCAGGAGGGACUGGUGCACUUCACAAAAUAGAUGGCGUCAUGAGGAAGGACAAUUAUGUGGAUAUAUUGAAGAAACAUCUCAAGACAUCAGUCAGGAAGUUAAAGCGUGGUUGCAAAUGGGUCUUCCUAAUGGACAAUGACCCCAAGCAUACUUCCAAAGUUGUGGCAAAAUGGCUUAAGGACAACAAAGUCCAGGUAUUGGAGUGGCCAUCAGAAAGCCCUGACCUCAAUCCUAUAGCAAAAUUGUGGGCAGAACUGAAAAAGCGUGUGCGAGCAAAGAGGCCUACAAACCUGACUCAAUUGCACCAGCUCUGUCAGGAGGAAUGGGCCAAAAUUCACACAACUUAUUGUGGGAAGCUUGUGGAAGGCUACCCAUAACGUUUGACCCAAGUUAAACAAUUUAAAGGCAAUGCUACCAAAUACUAAUUGAGUGCAUGUAAACUUCUGACCCACUGGGAAUGUGAUGAAAGAAAUAGAAGCUGAAAUAAAUAAUUCUCUCUACUAUUAUUCUGACAUUUAACGUUCUUAAAAUAAAGUGGUGAUCCUACCUGACCUAAGACGGGGAUUUUUUACUAGGAUUAAAUGUCAGGAAUUGUGAUAGAGUUUAAAUGUAUAUGGCUAAGGUGUAUGUAAACUUCCGACUUCAACUGUACUUUGUUUUCUUGUGUGUCCUUCCGACAUUACUGUACAACACUGAAGGAUGCUGUCGUUAGUCCGAAGUUUCUUCAAGCUUCUUUAUUUAAAGUAAAAACAUCGACCUCUCCAGUGAAUGUAGAACACAAGCUCUUGUCAAUCAUUUCUGGACUGAGGACUUCACCAGUGCCUUGGCAAUGUCUUUUUUUCCUAUAUAGACCAAGGGGUGUCUGUUCCCCCUGGCAACAAGGCAUCCAACCACAGCGUAAAGGUCGUAUGUGUGAGUGGUGAAUUGAAUGAGCUGAAAUGCUUUUAGAGCAAAAGAAAGAGGACAAUUAUAGAUUUUAACCUUCUUCAGGACAACUAUAAGGGACUCUGUACUUAGAAACAGGAGUGCUACUUGAGGUUAAACAAGCACUGUAGUUUGUUUGUAAUAAACAUUCUAGUGAAAAUCAUGAGCUGAUGCACACCCAAAAAUAUUUGUAGAUUUGCAGAGGUGUUACUUAUUUUUAUGUCACAGUUAACAUAAGACCAAUAAUCCAGAUUCAGCAUCACUUUAACACUCAUACCACCAUCCACAUAGCCUCCAUAUCCUAAGGAAGUCUGUACUGUGUUUGGAUCAAAAUACCUGUAUUGCCUGCUUUGGCCCCAAUAACCUGUGUUUUUUAUUUUUAUUGCAGCCACACCAAAGCGUGGGUCAUGGGGAUAUAAACAUGGAGGGAGUUGAUUUGUGCUGUGAGUCCUUAUUGUCACUGAGCUGCUGACUCAUCAGCUCUUUAACCUCAUCUGAGCUGUACAGAACCCACCGCCCAGAAAAUACUUUGAUUUCUGUAAAGAAUGUCUCUGCACAGGCGAGAGACUCCAUGUACAGUCAUGUUAAUGAAUGGAGGAUAUGGGAAAGGGAAGUAGCUUCCUAGAUGAGGUUCUCUUUGUUGGUGAGAUCUAGGCUGUUUCGUCACAUAGCAGAGGGAGAGACCGGGUAUUAUAGAUUAGAGCAGAGACCAAAACAAUACCUGAUUGUACCUUCCAUGAUUCCAUAUAAUGAAUCCUCUACUCUGUGCCAAUAAUACAGAUAAUCCACUUGGCUCCAACACCCCAUCCCCAUUUAAUGUGAUUGAGAUCCCCAUCUCUGCUUGAUGCAAGUCCUAUUUGGGGUGAAGUUUUUUUGUCUUUUUUAUGAACAAUUUAAAUUGUUAUUUAGAGUUAUAUACUACAAUCCUGCACAUAAUGUAUGUUCUUUUUCUUUAUCUAGACCUAUCUCUGCGUGUUUGUAUGGCUGAGCUUGUCUAGGAGACAGUUUGUGCUGUGGCCUCAUUUAGUAUUCUCAGUGACCGUGUAUACCUGUGAGGAGCAGCAGCAGAGUUGUAAUGAGCACUGUGUCCUCCAGGAUCUACUCUGUCACAGAAACCUCCAUCUUCUGUACUCUAGCAGCUUUGCCAAAGAGGAAAGCAAUCUCACAAUUGUGAAAAUGAUAUUUUCUAAAGGAACAUUACUAAGGAAAACAGUAUGCACAAGAUGAUGAAUGUCAUGUUUUCAAAUUUUACAUUACGUUUUUUUCCGUAACUUUUGUGUUGUCUCCAUUUUGACUUAAUCCUCCUACGUCUGGGGGAGAUGUAGUAAGUGAAUGCUCACAGGACUAGAACAUUGAAGUCCUAGAAUAUUUGAGCUAGCUUAGAACUUAAAUGUCAAAGAUUCCAUUCUUCCCAAUAUCAACACUUCUCAGGGUUAAGUCUUAGAGAGCUUGUACUCAUGAAAAACUUCAUGAAACAAUUUGACCAAUUUGGCUUCAUACAUUUCAGAUAAGCUCACGAGUCUUAAGUCAUGUAAUAUUUUUACCGUUGGAUUGUGAAAUUGGAUUGUGAUGUACAUAUUGUUUUAGUGUCCCUUCUCCCUUACUAGAUAUGAUAAAUAUAAAUGAAUACUCUUUUUUAAAUCAAUAAAUUCUUUGUCUUUUCUUGAUUGAA